CGGCCGGGGCCGCGGCGCUCGCUUUACGGCAGAACUCCCAGUAGCUACGCUCUGAUUGGCUCCGCCGGGGUCGCGCCGCGCUCUGAUUGGUUCCGCUCAGGGCCGGGGGCGGUUUGAGCGGCAGCGCCCGGCGCGGCGGCGGCUCCCCAGCUCAGGCAUCAUGCUGCCCUUGUCCUUAUUGAAGACGGCGCAAAACCACCCUAUGUUGGUGGAGCUGAAGAACGGGGAGACAUAUAACGGGCACCUGGUGAGCUGUGACAAUUGGAUGAACAUCAACCUGCGGGAGGUCAUCUGCACAUCCCGGGAUGGAGACAAGUUCUGGAGGAUGCCAGAGUGCUACAUCCGUGGCAGCACCAUCAAGUACCUGCGGAUCCCUGACGAAAUUAUUGACAUGGUGAAGGAGGAGGUGGUGUCCAAGGGCAGAGGCCGCGGUGGGAUGCAGCAGCAGAAGCAACAGAAGGGCCGUGGUGUUGGAGGCGCUGGGCGAGGUGUGUUUGGUGGCCGUGGCCGAGGGAUUCCAGGCAGUGGAAGAGGCCAGCAGGAGAAGAAGCCUGGCAGACAAUCAGCAAAGCAGUGAGAGGCUGGCAGCAGCCUGCCCGGGGCACUGCGCCGCCAGGCCGCUGGGUUUGGGUCACCUCAGGGUUGCCAUGUGUUGAAAAGUCUUCCCUCCCUGCUCCUCCAUGAGUGCCCCAGUCAGGUAGUUUGGAAGCCCCUUUGCAAUUGGAUCUGGUGCAGUGAGCUUCAUUCACUGCUCCUAGGCAGCAAAUCAUUGGAAAUACUGUAAAAAAUCAUUGGUGGGGAAGGACCUGAGCUCUGCCUCCCCAGCUGGGGGAGGCACUGGUUUAAUUUUUCAGGGCCACCAGGUUUGAUUUGGGUUGUUCUGCAGAGUGGCCCGAGAAGGAGGCCAACACUCUGGAUUGUUUGUGUUGUUUUGGUUUUUAAUGCUUGGAACAGGCAAACUCAUUGCAUUUUAACAGGUGUCAGCUUGGAUUUGCAAACCCCUGACCUCCAGGACUUUGUCUCUUUCUGGUCUUAAAGGUUUAGGAGCUCUUUAAAAACAACAGAACUUUUAAGCUGUUGCUUCUCUUUCUGGCCAGUUGCUUCUGACCCUCUCCUGUGGCUAAGGGGAGAGCUUGGGAUGAACUCUGCAUUGGCCUUCAAGGCUUGUGUCCAGGAGGGGUCUGUGACAAAUGAGGGGUUCCCAGUUAGUGAUUACUAAUUUGACUUCAGAUUAGAAGUUUCCUUGAAAGGAAAACCUUUUCUGUGCUCUCUUGCAGGAGGCUUUUCCUGCUUUGUUUUGUUUUACCUGCAAAGCAACCAAGCUGUUGAUUGAUUUCUCUCCCUGCUUUGAAAACUCUCUCUCAUGCCUGUGACACCAAGUCCUGAACCCCAACAGUCUUUCUCCUUCUCAUUUCUUCUGGUACUUAGUGAGUGACCUCACUGGUUGUGUUGCUUCCAUUUCUGGUCACCGAUGAUCUUCCCUUGGGGACACAGAGCAGCUCCUGUGAAUUCCCAGGCUGGGCUGCUCCAGUCUUCCAUCCCCCAGGGUGCAGGGUCCCAUGAGCAAAAUGCACCCACGAAAGACCCUGGCUGACCAAACUGAAUGUCUGCAUGGGGGCACAGGGCGGGAGAGAGGCUCUGGCUGUGCCUCAGCCCUGAGUGGAUGAGAUAGUUUAAUUUUAGGGGAACAGCUGAUAGUGUGGCUGCUUGUGAGCAGGGGCUUGGGGGUUGUCUCGGUUUCUCUGCUGCUCUGCCAUCACCCCUGGAUUCAGGCAAGUCAAGGACUUAUUUUUUUAAUGUUUAUAGAACUUGUGUGCAGUGGUGAGUGGGAAUAAAUCACCAACCUCUGCCCCACGCCUGCCUCUGUCUGUGACAGCCCUGAGCCCUGUCCCUGUCUGCUCCCACAGCCACAGGCUCCCCCUGAGCCCACGCCCGAGCCCUGCUCUAAGUCACAAA